UCUCUCUAGUCUCUACCCACACUAAAGGGCCUUUCACUUAUACCAAACUCUUAAUUGCUUCUUCAGUGAUCGAUCAUAUGGCCAAAUUUCAGGUUUUGCACAAAUAUUUUUUCAUUUUUCUUGCACUAGUUGUGUGCGAUGGUUCCCUUCUAACACAUGGUAGGAAAAUAAAUAUAAAGCCAUUGAACCAACUACAUUCCUCACUAAACACAAAAACCGUCGCUAAUCAUCCUAACCCUACUUCCCUUCCAUCACUUAAAACCAAAGUUGAAUCACCACAACACCAUGAGGAAUCUAGUAAAUUGGAAGAUUCAGGUGCAGACAACACCAAUGCUUUCCGACCGACUACGCCGGGAGGGAGUCCUGGUGUUGGCCACAAAAUGAUUACAUCAUCAUCAGAAGAUAAUAAGGUGAAAACAAUGGUGGUAGUUCAUAGCCCAGAUGUUGAAGUUUUCAAGACUGAGGGUUCAAAAGAUGAUUUCAAACCUACUGACCCAGGUCACAGCCCAGGAGUUGGUCAUGCUUACAAAAACAAAAUUGGAGAUGGAAAUUAGUCUAUCGUAAACUUAGCUAUAAUUUCAAUGUGUAGCAAAACUAGUCCAAGAGUCUCCAAUCGCAUGUGUAUGUUUUGUUUUUCUUUCACAUACUUUGUUUAUCUUUUUGCAAUAUUAGAGUCUGUAUAUUCUUGCAUGCCUAAGUACCAUACUUGUAGUAUGAGCAUGGCUUUAAUUAAUUGGUUAUUGCUUGGGAUGAGUAGCUUUCCUAAAUGUAUCAUUCAAUUUGUUAGCAUUUUUAUUUAUAGGUGCAGGGUUUACUGUGUAA